GAGGGUGGAGCCGUGGAGGAGCUUCAAAUGGCCCUACGGACUGCGGCUUGGGGGAGGACGUAGGAGGUUCCCGGUGACUGACCUAACGCCUCACGACAUGCACGUCGCAAACUUUGAAAACCCCUUUCAAUUCUUUUGUCUGCUGCCUCGGUGACCUCUGCAGCUGUUGACGUCGAGAGAUGUAUGGCCUUUUAGAUAAGCUCUCAGAUCCAGUCGUCUUAAGCAACUCAGGAAGAGGAGGCUUCCCUUUAUAAGCUGAGAAACGGUGUGCACGUCAGACAGAACCUUGAGACUGCUUGGGCGGCCGGUUUGCCUCCGAUGGAGGUAAUAAUGCUCAAAGCACCUGCCGCUGAGGAUGAGAUCUGUCCUGCUCAUGAAGAGGGUACAGUAGAGGUUGGAAAGGUUUCCGCUGCCACCUCAAGUGAAAGAUCACCCAUGGAGGCAAUCUCAAGACCAUCUCCUUCCAACACCAAGGAAUCGAUUACAACCAGCCAGGAAGAGCAACUCGAGUACACUAAAUCAGAAAUGGGUGAAGUGAGAGAAGAGAACCAAAGAUUGAAGAUGAUCUUAGCCCAAAUCGUCAAAGACUACCAGUACCUGCAAAAGCAGUACUUCGAUAUCCUGCAGCAAGAGCAAUCUAAGAAGGCUCUUGAGACAGCAGAGCCUGAUGGUGUGGAAGAACCUGAGCUUGUUCUGCUGAGCCUUGGCACCAGUUCAACUGGGCAAAAGAAGGAAGAGAUUAACACAUGUAAAGAUAGUGGAAAAGACGGAGAAGGUCUAACUCUUGGAUUGGACUGCAAAUUUGAAGGAACCAGAAAGAGUCCCAAUGAACACGAGUCAACCAUUAGCCCAGACAACAGCUCCGAUGACCCCAAGGAAGAAGAGCCCGGGGAGCCAUGGCCACCAAGCAAGAUACUGAAGAAUCCCAGGAAUGGUGAUGAUGAGGGCUCGCAGCAGCCCCAAGUGAAGAAAGCUCGUGUCUCCGUGAGAGCAAGAUGUGAUGCCCCAACGAUGAAUGAUGGAUGCCAGUGGCGGAAGUAUGGGCAGAAGGUUGCCAAAGGAAAUCCAUGUCCCCGAGCGUACUACCGUUGUACGGUGGCACCAGGAUGCCCUGUGAGGAAGCAGGUGCAAAGGUGUGCGGAAGACAUGUCGAUACUGAUCACCACCUACGAAGGAACCCAUAACCAUCCUCUACCCUUAUCAGCCACCACCAUGGCCUGCACCACCGCGGCCGCCGCAAGCAUGCUGAUGACCGGCUCGUCGACCUCGGGACAAGGCAUGGCACCACCAGCCAUCGGACCGCUGUGUUCCUCCUCGACUGCGGCCGCCGCAAGCACCAGCCUCCAUGGCCUCAACUUUCGCAUGUUAGGCAGCUCCAAUGCGAGGCAGCCUUAUCUCCCAAUUCCUUCGAUAUCUUCCACUCCUUCCUAUCCCACCAUCACACUCGAUCUCACCGCACCACCCUCGGCCACAUCCCAACUCAACCAGUUCACCAGAUUCCCGAGGUACUCCUCCACAGGCUUCAACUUCUCCUCGGAGUCUACCACCAUACCAACAUCUUGGAGCAAUGGGUACUUGAGCUACGCAUCUCAAGCAUACAACAAGGGCUCCAACACGGGUUCUCUGAGCCUCGGUAGGCAAUCUCAGGACUCCUUCUAUCACUCCAUCCUACAGAAGGCCAUCAACUCAGCUGCUGCUGCUACUACUACUGCUGUUCCUUCUCCUUCUCCAAACCAGCAUGCAUUGACUGACACAAUCGCGAAGGCCAUCACGUCGGAUCCCAGCUUCCAGUCGGCGAUAGCUGCCGCCAUAACGUCGUACGUGGGCGGCCAACCCGGGAGAGAGGGUGCAAGCCAUGGCCUCCUCAAGUUGGGAGGGCACUUCAACUCCUCGGCGGUUGCACAGCUCUCAGCCGCCGUGAAUGGUUGCGCCUCCAGCUACUUGAACAGGUCGAGCAGUUCGAGUUCCAGCCACCAGCCCAACCUGCCUCUCCUCCAGCCGCCACUGGCCUUUCCCACCCCCAAGACUGCCUCUGCUGAUCGCAAUAGUGAAAGCAUAGACUGAUGGCUCUCUUUAUGAAAGAUGAUUGAUAGAAGAUAAGCAUACAGAGGGUACAAAACUUUUAUGCAGGGGAGAUUUACAGGUAAUUACCCUGCAUAAAACUUUUGUCUCAAUAGAAGGGAGGUGAAGGAGGAAUUAAGUUUGCUUUGCGUCAUAACCUAUAGUGCAGAUCAUAAAAACAACUGUUAAGACACAUGAAGAGAAUGAUUAGGACUGAAGUAACAGUUCAAGUGUUCUAUUUUGUUUCAAGUGCUUCACUGCUGGUCAAAGUUGGACAAGA